AUGACGUAUCUUUCCAGCACCUCCCCGGUGACCGUCGCAAUUGUUGCGAGCACCGUACUCGUUCUGUCGCUUUUUGUAACACUGUUCCGACGCUACUGGACACUGCGGCAUAUACCUGGACCUUUCCUCGCAUCCUGCACAGAUUUGUGGGCAGCGAUAAGGGUAUGGCGAGGCAAAUACUAUCAGGACAUGCUCGAAGAAUGGCACGCCAAGUAUGGUCCUGUUGUGCGAGCAGGUCCUAACCGAGUUUCAUUUGCCGAUCCGGAUGCAAUUCCAGAGAUUUAUGGUACUUCCCUGAUUUACCCAAAAUCGGACUCCUACCGUCCUAUGGAGGCCCUGGCCAAGGGCGACACAGUGCACAGUAUCAUCACCGUUCGUGAUGAGAAACGCGUCACGGGUAUAAAGCGGCACGUCGGUGGAGGCUUCUCACAGACCCAGUGGCUCAAGCAAGAAGACCAGAUGGACGGAACGAUCAGUGCACUCCUGACUCAGCUUCACAAAAGACCCGCAGGCAUCGUCAUCCCGCUGCGCGAAUGGCUGGGCUUCUGGUCAUUCGAUACCUUGACCUCUCUAGCCUUUAGCAAAACCCGAGGCUACUUGCAAGCUGGCGCAGAUGUAGACAGUAUCUUUCCCAGCGCGGCCGGACGUUUCAGACACUGGAGAACCUGGGCGCUGGCGCCGCAAUUGGAAUCCCUGCUGUUGAAGAAUUGGUUUAUGCAGAGGGCACAAACGACUUCGACUCCCAUCGCACAAUUGGCUAUGGAAAGGAUCCGAGAUCGAAGUGCAGAGGAAAAGAAUGAGACAGGGAGAGAUCUUCUGGGAAGAUAUUUGGCUGCAAGUCAAGCGGCUCCCGACGUGAUUAGGCCGAAAGAUGUGAUUGCUCUGACUAUUACGACCAUUCAUGCAGGACCGGAGACCACGGCUAUCAUUUCUGCGAUGGCGCUCAGUAUGGUGCUCGGAAGCAAAAACUCAGAGUUCUUUCGGAAGUUGGAGAAGGAGAUUCUGGAUGCAGAGCUCCCGGUAGGUGAGAACGGCGCAAUCGCUUUCAAAGACGUGGAGCAUCUGCCGUAUCUGGAUGCGGUGAUAAGGGAGACACUCCGAUGGUCUAUCAACCCCAAUGUUAACUCCAGAACCAUCAACACGCCUGGAGGCGUCACCAUAUGCGACACCUUCAUCCCUGAAGGCACAGACGUCAUGGUAUCCUCUCAUGACAUCAGAAACUCCACGCGGAUGUUCGGUCCUGAUGCUAGCGUCUACAACCCCGAGCGUUGGGUCCGCGCCGACGAGCAGAAGCAUCGCGACAUGGAGCGCUCAGCGAUGGGGUUCAGUUGGGGAAGAAGAGUCUGCAUGGGACAGCAUUUGGCGAGGAUCGAGAUGAAGAAGUUGAUUGCCAGCUUGAUUAAUGCCUUUGAGAUCGAGCCUGUGAAGGUGGGAGAAACGGGCAAGUGGGAUGGGAAUGCAAUUGAGUUCAAAUUGGAGGUGAAGUUGACGCCGAGAAAGGCGUGA